UAGCAAAUGGCGGAUUUGAUGGGAUCAGCCGGGAUAUACUGCUGCUUUAAGUGCCGAAACCAGAUCGCUUGCCAUGGUGAUAUCAUUUCCAAAGAGUUUCGGGGAAGCCAUGGAAGAGCAUUUCUGUUUUCUCACGCAAUGAACAUAAAGGAAGGAGCACAGGAGGAUAGGCAGCUCCUGAGUGGUCUGCACAGAGUGAGUGAUGUGUAUUGCAGUGAUUGCGGAGAGGAAUUGGGAUGGACAUACACAAAGGCCUUUGAUGAAACCCAGAAGUACAAGGAAGGAAAGUUCGUACUAGAAAACUUCAAGAUCAUCGUCCAGUCGCACUUUCACCCAACAGAUCAAUUGUAAAGUAUUCUGCACAAAGCUUCAUUGUGCGAAUAUGAUUUCAAAUUCAAGCAUAAGUAUAUUUCAGAUUCUUCCUCACUAGCUAUUAGAUCCGUCCUGAUUUAUGGUUUUGCCAGAUGGCUACAUAUAACGAGAGAAUCACUGUCAAAGAAAGAUAUAGCCACUAGUUGUUCAUAGUUUUUUUCAAUUAAUAUCACAAUCUGGCAUCUUUGCAUCAGUUGAA